UCUGGCUCAAUGGAAUUGCAAGGCAAGUUCUCCACUAAUCUUCAAGAGUGGUGCAUUCACGUUUAUUAAGUGACUAAAACUUCGGCAUUUGGCCAUUGCAGGGAUUUGUGAAUUGAAGAAUACGCAAGAGCUUGAUCUCAGUCAAAACCAACUCGUAGGCCAUUUCCCCUCAUGUUUAACUAGCUUGACUGGACUUCGAGUUCUUGAUCUUUCAUCGAACCAAUUAACUGGGACGGUUCCAUCUACUCUCGGUAGCCUUCCAUCCCUUGAGUACUUGUCGUUGUUUGAUAACGACUUUGAAGGUUCCUUCUCAUUUGGUUCACUCGCCAACCUCUCAAACCUAAUGGUGUUGAAACUUUGCUCAAAAUCCAGCUCUCUUCAAGUAUUGUCAGAAAGUUCUUGGAAGCCAAAAUUUCAGCUGAGUGUUAUCGCGCUACGCUCUUGCAACAUGGAGAAGGUUCCUCAUUUUCUCAUACACCAGAAGGAUUUGCGUCAUGUUGAUCUCUCAAACAAUAAAAUCUCUGGAAAGCUUCCUUCUUGGCUGUUGGCGAACAAUACAAAACUCAAAGUUCUGCUUCUACAGAAUAAUUUCUUUACAAGCUUUCAGAUACCUAAAUCUGCUCAUGAUCUGCUUUUCCUCGAUGCGUCAGCUAAUGAAUUCAACCAUCUUUUUCCUGAGAACAUUGGGUGGAUUUUUCCUCAUUUACGGUAUAUGAAUAUAUAUAAGAAUGAUUUUCAGGGAAAUCUGCCAUCUUCUCUUGGUAACAUGAAGGGUCUCCAAUAUCUGGACCUGUCUCACAACAGUUUCCACGGGAAGUUACCAAGAAGUUUUGUGAAUGGUUGUUAUUCCAUGGCAAUCUUGAAGCUGUCACAUAACAAACUAAGUGGAGAGAUUUUUCCAGAAUCAACCAACUUAACUAGUUUAUUGGGGUUGUUUAUGGAUAACAAUCUGUUUACUGGAAAGAUUGGACAAGGUUUGCGGAGCUUGAUAAACUUGGAACUGCUUGACAUGUCAAACAACAAUCUCACGGGUGUUAUUCCAAGUUGGAUUGGCGAGCUUCCAUCCUUAACUGCACUUCUGAUUUCAGAUAACUUCUUGAAAGGUGAAAUACCAACGUCGUUGUUCAACAAAUCAAGUCUCCAGCUGCUAGACCUCUCAACAAACAGUUUAUCUGGGGGCAUACCUCCACACCACGAUUCCAGAGACGGGGUAGUGUUACUCCUGCAAGACAAUAAUUUAUCAGGUACUAUUGCAGACACAUUGCUUGUAAAUGUCGAAAUACUUGAUCUGAGAAACAACAGAUUCUCUGGAAAUAUUCCGGAGUUCAUCAACACCCAAAACAUUAGUAUUCUUCUACUACGAGGGAAUAAGUUAACAGGUCGAAUUCCUCACCAGUUGUGUGGCCUAAGCAACAUCCAACUUCUUGAUCUUUCUAACAACAGAUUGAAUGGAUCCAUACCUUCAUGUCUCAGCAAUACAUCAUUUGGUUUUGGUAAAGAAUGUACAUCAUAUGAUUAUGAUUUCGGCAUUUCUUUCCCUUCUGAUGUCUUCAAUGGUUUUUCUCUGCAUCAAGACCUCUCCUCCAACAAAAAUAGCGGUAUAUAUUUCAAAUCUCUGCUCAUGCUUGAUCCGUUUAGUAUGGACUACAAGGCAGCCACACAGACGAAAAUCGAAUUUGCAACAAAACACAGAUAUGAUGCCUACAUGGGUGGAAAUCUCAAGUUAUUGUUUGGAAUUGAUCUCUCAGAAAAUGAGCUGAGCGGUGAGAUCCCAGUAGAGUUUGGAGGUCUUUUGGAACUACGAGCUCUUAAUCUUUCUCACAACAACUUAUCAGGUGUGAUACCAAAAAGCUUGUCAAGUAUGGAGAAAAUGGAAAGCUUUGAUCUUUCUUUCAACAGAUUACAAGGCCGGAUCCCAGCACAACUAACAGAGCUGACCAGCCUCUCGGUAUUCAAAGUCUCACACAACAACUUAUCAGGAGUCAUUCCAGAGGGACGACAGUUUAACACAUUUGAUGCAGAAAGCUACUUAGGUAAUCGUCUCCUCUGUGGACAACCAACCAACCGUAGCUGCAACAAUAAUAGCUUUGAAGAAGCAGAUGAUGAAGUGGAAGAUAAUGAAUCCACAAUCGACAUGGAAUCUUUCUACUGGAGUUUUGGUGCUGCUUAUGUGACAAUACUUGUUGGAAUAUUGGCAUCUCUAUCUUUUGAUUCACCUUGGAAAAGAUUUUGGUUCGACACCGUUGAUGCUUUCAUCCACAAGGUGAGGAAUUUAUUAUAUAUUGUAAGUGACUCCUGGUUUGUGUAAUAAAACCAGAACAUAACUUCUGUUUGAUUCCCAUGUACUAUCUUUGUCUUUAAAGAAAUGUACAAUCUAAAGAAACUGCACGUAAAACAUGACAUCUAUCACAUUUGUUUGAAAAUCCAUGACACAGCAGAGAGUAAGUAGAGACAUCCAUAUCAUUAUAUCAAGGGCAAGAAUUAUGUAAGAUGAUGAAACAAAGCCAAAAAAACAGAUGCAAGACCUAAAUCCAGAUUCAAUAGAAUGUGAUGUCUCAUUCUCAAGACCAAAAAAAAUUCUAGCUUGUUGAGAACAAAUUUGAAGGA